AUGACUGGUCCUUGUAUUGCCACAGAGAUUCCUCCCGAAAUUUUCAUUAAUAUUUGUCAAGAUCUUCCCCCUUCUGACCUUCUUUCUCUUGCUCAAGUUUGUAAAAAAUUUUAUGGUUACUUAUGUUCAACUCAUUCAAGACCUACACAAGAAAUUUGGCGUAAUUCUAGAUCUCAAUUUUUACCUUAUGUUAAAAUGCUUCCUCCUGAUAAUAUGGAUGAACGUCAAUAUGUAAAACUUCUUUCUGAACGUGGAUGUCAAUUUUGUAAAAGACCUAGAAUAAGAAGAAUUUAUUGGGCUUUUCGUGUUCGUUGUUGUAAACCUUGUUUGAGUGAAAGAACAAUGAGAUUAGAUCAAAUUCGGCGUGAUUUAUUAUCAAAAUUUUCUAUUCCUGAUGAUAUUUUACGUGGAUUAACUUAUACAACAGGAUUUUAUAAAUGGGGAUGGGAUCAAAGUCCAAAAAAUCGACCUGCAAAUUUAUAUUGGAAAGAUGAUGUUUAUCGUGUUUAUAAUGAAUAUUUAAAACUUGAUCCUGAUGAAAGAAAAGAUUGGCUUCUUAAUAAAAGAAAAGAAGGUCGACAAAAAAUGGAAGAUGUCGCUCAACGUGAAAUUGAACAUGAAAAUGAAUAUUGGGUUAAAUCUUCUGAAAAUGAAAAAAAGCGUGAAGAACGCGCUUCUACUAUUGAAUCUCUGAUAAAAAAAGAAAGAAAUGAUUUUGGUUUAUUAAGAUUUAAAAUGCCUAUAGUAGAACAAUGUAUGGUUUAUAAUAAGGCCAUAAUGUCAUCAUCCACACAUACUUUUACUAAUCGUGCUUGGAUUGGAUUAAAAAAUAAAUUAAUUCCUGAAUAUACAAAACUUGCUGCUUCUCAUAGAACUCAACGUCAGGCUGCUGAAAAAUUAUUCUCUCAUGAUGUAGCUGUUCAAACUCGUCAAAUGGAUAUACUUAAAUUAAUUUUUGAUUUACCUCGUCCUGAUUCUGAUCAACCUGUCUUUGAUAAUGCAGAAAAUGCUCAAGAAUUUCCAAGAAAUAAACCUGAAAUCUUUUUUGCAGCAGGUUUUAACGUUAAUUUGAUUGUUAAUUUAUAA